AUGUGUGACGGAUGUGGAUCGUUGGAGCCGCGCGGAUGCCGCAGCCGGGAGUUGCGUUGCGGCAUCAUGUAUACCACCUGCGACUGCGUGAAGCGGAACGGCCUGCAGGAUAAGUGUCCAAGGUCUGCCUGCCAAGGCAGACCGGCCUGCCUGUGUUUCCCGUUCCCCACCUGCGGUCCAGCGGCCUUCCCCCUUCGCUAUGCCAACAUGAUGAUGGGCGUGAACAACAAGCGUAUGCGCUGUGCCGCCACCGGAGCUCCAAACGGCGGUGCAUGUGGUGGACGAGCUGCCGGUGGCUGCUGUGGUUGCGGUCCCUGUUGCUGAUCUUCAUGCCCAAAGAGCUAGGCCCUCAACAAUAUUAGCAUGUCCCGAGCUUGGUGAGCACCAAGGCAGGAUCA